AGAAGAAUGGCCUUAGUUAAUGACUCUUCUGUGAAGGAGUUCAUCCUGUUGGGUUUGACACAGCAGCCAGAGCUCCAGCUACCUCUCUUCUUCCUCUUCUUGGCAAUCUAUGUCAUCUCCAUGGUGGGGAACCUGGGCUUGAUUGUUCUGAUUGUUUUGAACCCUCACCUGCACACCCCCAUGUACUAUUUUCUCUUCAACCUUUCCUUCACAGAUCUCUGCUACUCCUCUGUCAUCACACCCAAAAUGCUGGCGAGUUUUGUGACGCAGAACACCAUCUCCCAUGCUGAGUGCAUGACUCAGCUCUUCUUCUUCUGCUUCUUUGUUAUUGAUGAAUGUUACAUUUUGACAGCGAUGGCCUACGACAGAUAUGCUGCCAUCUGUAAGCCUUUGCUUUACCAGGUCACCAUGUCUCAUCAGGUCUGCCACUUGAUGACGGUGGGUGUGUAUGUGAUGGGGUUUGUGGGAGCCUUGGCCCAUACUUGUAGCAUGCUAAGUCUGACCUUCUGUGACGGCAACAUCAUCAAUCACUACAUGUGUGAUAUUCCUCCUCUCCGGAAGCUCUCCUGCACAGAUACUGCCAUUAAUGAACUGGUGGUUUUCAUUGUUGUGGGUGUCAAUGUAACAGUGCCCAGCCUGACUAUCUUUAUUUCUUACACCUUGAUCCUUUCCAACAUUCUUGGUAUCCAUUCGGCAGGGGGUAGGUCAAAAGCCUUCAGUACCUGUGGCUCCCAUGUUGUAGCUGUUUCUCUUUUCUUUGGAGCCUCAGCAUUCAUGUAUCUUAAGCCUUCUCGUACAUCUGGGGAUGAAGAUAAAGUAUCUACCAUUUUUUAUACCAUUGUGGGCCCAAUGCUGAAUCCUUUCAUCUACAGUUUACGGAAUAAGGAUGUCCACAUUGCACUGAGAAAAACUUUGAACAAAAGCAUGCUAACCUAA